AGUCACGUGGGCGAGGUGGCGCUUUAACAGAUCUGUGGUGUGUGGGAUUUUGUCGUUUUCUCUGAGAUAAAACAUUUAUAAAGAUGUUUCAAAUCCACACGAGAACGUUUAAGGAAGAGGAGGAGCCGAGUCCCUCCCGAAAGAAUCAGAACCGGACCAGACCCAGACCGGAGCCCCAGGACCAGGAGCCGGGAGGAAAGCCCCUGGACCAGGAGCCGGGAGGAGAGCUGCUCCGAGCGGGUGUCCAGACCCCCUCUCUGAAACAGGAGGUCCCAGAGACGACUCAGAUUAAAGAGGAGGAGGAGGUGGCGUGGCCUGUCAAAGAGGAGGAAGAGCAGCUGCCAGUGUCUGCACCUGAGCUCAUCAUUGCGUGUGUGAAGACAGAGGAGUUUGAACAGGCAGAGUCGUCCUCUGACACCGACGAUGAUGAAGAGUGGAGCGCUCCCUACAGCUGCUCAGACCCACAUGUCGGAGCCGCCGAAGGAACUCGAGCUAGUAAAUACCAGUGUCCAUUUUGUAAAAAGAUCUCCGCUUCAAAACAGGCUUUACAGAAACACAUCCGAGUUCACACGGGGGAGAAACCAUUCAGCUGCUCCGUGUGCGAGAGCGCGUUCACUCAAAAGGUUCAUUUGGAGAUCCACAUGAGGACUCACACGGGGGAAAAACCAUUCGGCUGUUCGGUCUGUGGUAAAGUGUUCAGAGUGAACUCCACGCUCACAUCUCACAUGAGGACUCACUCUGGUGAGAAGCCAUUCAGCUGUACAGUCUGCCACAAAUCCUUCUCCCACAAGAGUCAUAUCGCAGUGCACAUGAGAAUGCACACAGGGGAGAGACCUUUCAGCUGUUCACAAUGUAAGAAAACCUGCACCACCAGGUCUAAUCUCAGGUCACAUGUGAAAUACAAACACACCCAGAAGAGGGAGACCGUACAGGCGUCCAGUCUGUGAG